UGUAAUUUGAAAUUGCCAGGGAACCUACCAAUCAGAAGGCGCGUUAUGAAACUAAUUCGCGCGGGAAGGCCGUUGUUCCCGAAGUCCCUGGUUGAAAUAAAUAGCGAGGUACAGCGACUAACUGAAAAGUUCUGCGUACAUAUAUACAAGAUUGAAAAUGGGAAAGAAGAAAACAGCAUUGGAAGGGAAACAGCCAACUAUAGAACAAGAGAGUGUUGAUGAGGAGAUAUAUGAAGUGGAAAAAGUAGUGGGCAAGCGUAUACAUCAGGGAAAGGUUGAAUACCUUCUUAAAUGGAAGGGAUAUUCUUCCAACGAUAAUACCUGGGAACCCGAGGACAGUUUAGACUGCUCAGAGUUACUUCAAGAAUACGAAAAGAAUAAGGAAAGACAUGAGGCUAGGCUUGAGGCUACAGUAAAAAAGGAGAAAAAAGAGAAAAGGAAAGAACCCAGGUUUGUGAAAUUUGUUUGGAAUAUUUACAUGGUUUGUUCGCUCACGUUGCGAAUGUGAGUAUUUGUCUGUGAUCUCAAAGGUUUAAUUAAUCUUCCAAAGUCAUUACUGAUUCCUCUGAAAACGAACACAGUAGAAGCUCUUGGGAGUAAGAUGGUAAAAUAAUUGUUCAUGUAAUAAUUAAUGGAAAUCUUUCUCGCCGUAUCGUACAUGUAGUCUUAACUUUCCUUAUGCUUAUGUAAGAUUUUUUCCAACAGUCAAGUUACUUGCCUUUUGGUAUCGCUUUCGCAUAUGGUGGGUUAGUUCUCCAUGUCUUACACAGAUAUGCUGCAUUUAUCAUCGAAGACAAUUGGGGGGAAUUAAACUGAUCGUAAAAAAUUUGUGAUCUGUAAGUGCACAUGAUGCCCCAAACCAAACCUGGUGCAUCUUGUGCUUGUAGUAACAUUGGAUUACGUCAGAUUGGUACAGCUCAAUAAAUUGUGAGUUUGAUGUGCAUUUUUAUUGAAGCCCAAAAUGUUUACAGUGUAAUCUUGAUGUUACUUGUAUACUAAUCACCCUUUUUUGGUCAGAUUUGGCAUCAAAAGGUCGUUAUUAAACAUGUAAACACGAAAUUACAGUGCUUUACUUAUUAAAGAGAAUAGGCCUCAUGUAUGGACAAGGUGUUAUUAUUAUAUCUCAUUUCGUUGGCUGAGCAUUAAGUGACCACAAAUUUUCCUAAGGCUUUAAAUUAAUUAUUGUUUUUUGGUGUUGUUUACACCUCAUUGCAUUGUGUGUUUUUUCUUCACAAUUUAUACUGUUAACCCAUCAGACCCUAACAUGAAUACUCUUAUUAUAUGGAUGUGAGUGUUUUACCAACAACCAAAACAUUCAUAGAAUCAAUACGACCACUACAUCCGCAAAUGGAGAGGUCUGUCUUUCAUUUGUAACACAAAUGGCAGUAUUGAGCAACAAAGUCACAAUUCCCUGCCUUUUCAAACUUUGAGGAAUUAACUUUGUUUGUGUGUUGUUUGGUAUAUUAAAUAGCUGCAAGAUUUGUUUUGGUAAGCAAUGAAGAUGUAAAUGCACUUCCCAAACAACUAGAGAACAAGAAAACCAAAAUGGAAUUCAUUUUCAUUGAAGAUUUUCAAUGAAUUCUUGAAAGUUGCAACAAAAUUCAGUUCUGUGUAUGCUGAAUAACCUUCAAAGGUUCAUAGUGAAAAGAGGCUAAAAAUGAAAGUAUGUAUAUGUAAUAAUUCAAGUCAGAGACAGUAAUAAAAUGCUCAUUAAGCCCAUUUAACCAGUUCACACAAGGCAGGAAAUUGAUUUUUUUUUCUGAUAGCCACUUGGCUCCUAAAUUCUUUAACGUAGUAGCCAAUUCAAAAAAAGUUGGUCACCAUUUUCAAAGACAAAUAAAACCUUUUUUUAUGCUGUCAGUGGUCCAGAUAGACCCUCCAAAAUUAAGUUAGUGAAAAGAUCUUUAAUGUGUUACAAAGUGGACACUAGGAUGGAUGAUAUACAAAGUUCAAGCUCACCUAAUCCAAGAUGGUGUCUAGUUAUUUAUCGAGAUACAUGUGCUGUGUUUUGGAAACAAACUUAACAAGGAAGUUUGCUGCCGAUUUAUCUUUGCAAAUCUUUUUAAUUUACUAUAUCCCUUAGUAAGGUUAUGAUGAAACAUUCUAGUUGCCAAUUUGGCAACUAAUUUUCAGGAUUGGGUUGCAAAAGUGAAAAAUUUAGUCACAUUGGUGCCUGUGUUUAGGUGCAAUUUCACACCUUGUCCCAUGUAUUUUGGCCUAACUGACCUUAUUAUAAUUUGGGCAACAGAUAUUUUGUUUGUAUUGUUACCCAGUAAUUGUAUUAAAGCCAGCUUUUCAGUUUGUACCCUGUAUAUUUAUUGUCCAUAUAAUAUCUCACUCAUGAGAUAUUAUUCUUGCUACUUGAAAAUUAAGUUAAUAUCUUCUUGCCACCAUGUAAUAUCCUCUUUAUAUUCUCCACUCUGUUCUCUAUACAUUUCUUAAGGUGUUGACAAGGAGAAUUUGUUUAACAAUCAAGAGCUUCUCUAGUUGAUGAUGAUUUCAUUUAUUCUUGAGAGAUUCAGGAGGUGAUAUUGUGUGGAGAAAUUAGAUUCUAAUCCCUCAAAGGGGACAAGAGGUGGAAGAGGAGAUGUUCUAGAUUUUAACUAAAAUUAAUGGUGUUCUAACUCAACCUUCUUUCUUCAGUGAAAUUAAGGCUGAGGGUAAAAACAAGAGGCGAAAACUUGCAGAAACUGUUGGUGAUAAGAAGGAAAAAUCUUACCAGCAAGCAAAUGAGUCGAAUGAUGUCACUGAAGAGGAGCCUGGAAAAGAAGAUGAUGUAGAUCCCCUUGCUGAAGGGUGGGAAGCUUCUGAUAUUCUUGGAGCCACAGAUGUGGAAGGGAAGGUUCAUUUCCUUAUAAAAUGGUAAGUUUGGGUUGACUUGUGAUGGUAGCCUGCAUUGUAGGCUUGUUAUUAGAGCAAGUUAACAUUAUGAGCUCACAGUUCUUUAUUCAACCAACCAUGUUUGAUUUAGAGUUGGAAUGAACAGUGGGCAAAGAGGACAGAGAAAGGCAAGAAGAUGAGACACCCUUUGAUUAGGUGUGCAUCUCUGCAUUUCUGCAUUUCUGGAAGUGAGCUUAUAACCAAUCAAAAGUAGUUUAUUUAAAAACUGGAGGCACUGUCUUCCAACAAAAACAAACACAUGCAGAGCUAAUGACGAAACAGUUUCUUUCAGGAAGGAUAGAAAUGGCUGAGAGAAAACCUCCUCUGCAGUUAUCUUUACGCAGAUAUCUUCAUAAAGAGGAAUAUCUUCCUCUUGAUGACCAUGUUACAAAUUAAGAAGACCAAAAGGUGCAAAAUGAUGAUAAAUGUUGACUUUUUUUGUAAUUUAUUUUUCCAGGAAAGACACUGAUAGAGCAGAUUUGAUACCAUCCACUAUUGCAAAUAAAAGAUGGCCACAGAUAGUUAUUAAGUUUUAUGAAGACAGGGUAACAUGGACCCAAACAAAUGAUAAGGAGGAAAAUGGAGACAGCUGAGGGAGUUUUUACCCAUCAUCUUUUUAUUUGGCAGCUUGAUGUUUGUAAAAACUAUCUGAAAUCAGUUGCUGUAUAGGCUUAUCACUGUUCUACCUAAUCUGCAACAAGACUAUACAAAUUACGUGGAAAGGUUUUUACGUCAAGUCAGAAGGACACAUGAGGCACAAGUUUGUUUGCUUUGAUGUUCUCAGCAUCUGUUUUGUUUAUUUUUGGAUACUUUUUAACAACAACACAACAAUAGCUAGUUCAGGGUUUAUGAUGUCAAUGAUACCUUUGAAAGUUAAGGAAUUCUACAUUAUAAUUUUCCAGGCCUUGAAAGUUGUGGUGUGUGCCAUCUUUAUCACUGAAAAUGACUGGAAAUAAUGUAUUUAAGAAUGACAAGGGAAAAAAAUACCUUUAUUUCCUAAUUUAUUCUAUAUUAUUUUUGAGCCAUUUCUCAAGGUCAAUGAUAACAGCAAAGAGGACCAGGAAAGGGUCAAAGAAAAGCAGGGCAUUUUAUGAUUUUAAAAGAAAUACAACCUUGUACAAUAGAUCCUGUUUUUGAGAUUAAGGAAUAUAAAUGUAGCUUCGGAUGGCAAUUGAUGAUAAUAGGACUGAGUGGAGUUCAAUUAAGUCUGUUACUGUACAAGUGAGUAGUGAAAUUGGACAAGCAGGAAGUGAGAAUCCAACUUGUUAUUAGAGUAUUAUUAAAGACAAUUGGAUGAAACAAAGUCCUGUUACUAAUUAAUCAAAACUAUGGCAAAAUUUUAGACUCAAAUUAAUUUUUAAUGUUAUACAUUUUCAUGCAAAAAAACAACAGUUAACCUGGCGAAAUGUGAGACAACAGAGCAUGCAUGUUGUUCAUUUGUACAGCCAUUACACGCACACUGUCCAAUUACAUAGACAUGAUGCAUACAUUGUCCAAUUUCAAGCAUGACUCGUUCACUGUCCUAUUGGUGCUCAAAUCUGGCUGGUGAUAACCAAUCAUGGUAAAUAAUUUUGUUCUAGUUUUGAUUAUGUUAGAAAUAACUACCAUUUAUUCUACUUGUUUUAACUCAAGGGAUUAUGUGUACUUUGUAAGUAAAGACUUGUUUAUUUUAUGAGCCUAUGUUAUGCGCAAUGUAGAAAUAAAACAAGAAAUAACAUGUUAACCCUUAAACUCCAAGAAGUGAUUAACAUGUACCUCCCCUCCAAAAAUCCAUACAUUACCCAACAAACAGUAAUUAAUGAGAAUACUCAAACUGAUCAGGUAGAAGUUGUUGUCUUGAUCCAACCCUAAAGUCUUGUAUCUAAUUUACAGGGAAUUUGUAACAUCUAGAGGGUACAAUUCACUAACAAAUCUUAGGAGUUAACCAUUUAACUCCCACAUCAAAUUUGUAAGUCUCCCUGUCAACCAUACAAUUAUAAUAUUAGUUCAGUUUGGAUCAAUUAGUUAUCCCCAAAUUGAUGUUUUUCUUUAUUCUCAUCACCAAUCUGGUUGAUGUUGUAUAGAUAUUUUAAGGAAAAAUUCUGUCUUGGUCACUCAUGGGAGUUAACCCUUUAACAUCCAUAAGGGGUUAAAAUAGUAUCUUUUACAGUGACGUGGUUUUGCAAUUCAGUCAUUUGUAAGCUUUUCUUUUUAAGACCCAUUUGAAAAACCAUCAUCUUAGACUUGAAAAUAUCCAGGUAACGAUCCAAGGAAAAGCCAAAUUCUUGCCAGCAAGAUGAUGGAAAUUUUGUU